CACCGUCUCCACCAUUUGCAGCCAAGUCUCCGGCAGACGGAAACCUUAUCAACACUUUUCGUAUUAUAUUGUAUAUUAAUUAUAUUUUUUACCUUAUCAGUUAGUGUUCGACCAUACGAAACAGGCAACAGCAUCUGUAAUUAGGUGAAAAUUUAGGUCGGGAGAUUUUCCGGAAAUUUUCAUGAAAAUGGGAAAACAUCUGCAAACUGUUGCUGCGAUGGCAUGCAUGAAGAGUUUUUUGAUGGUGUUUAAUAUCGUAUUCUGGGUUUCUGGAAUAAUAAUUCUUGCUAUUGGAAUAUGGGUGGAAGUGGAGUUAUACAAGUACAUGGAGAUGAGUACUGCGUUCAAUCGUACUGCCCCAUACGUCUUUAUAGUAACAGGUCUACUGAUCAUCCUUGUGGGCUCAUUUGCCUGUUGCUGUACAGUAAAGGGACAGCCGAUUCUUUUAUACAUAUAUGGAGUAUUUUUGGCUGUGAUAUUCAUAUUAGAACUCGGCGCUGGAAUAUCCAUAUUCACAUAUCGAGCGAAACUGACUGAUGGAUUUGACAAAGGACUGACUCAAGCUAUGCAGAACUAUCUAAACGACAGUGCUCAUUUGGCACAAGACUUUGAUUUAAUGCAAGAAACGCUACACUGCUGCGGAAAUCAUCAGCCUCGUGAUUGGUUAGACCUGCCACAUCCCCAACCGAUACCCCAAUCUUGUUGUAUUCAAGACAAUUGCACCACGGAAAAAGAAGAUCAAAUAUAUAGUCAGGGAUGUUAUACGAAAAUCAUCGAAUUUCUGAACGGCAACGUGGGUAUCGUCGCAGGAGCAGCCGUUGGGAUAGCUUUCUUCCCUUUGAUAGGCGUCAUCUUAUCCUGCUGCCUGGCUAAGGUGAUCAACAAAGCGAAAUACGAACAAAUGGCUUAAGCUAGAACGUAUACGACAUAUUGACGCGCUCAAGGUAAAGGUUUGUCCUUUAUACUAAAGAAAUGUAUUAUGAGAAGUAGAUAACUGUAAUAUUAUAUAUUUUUUUAGUUCUUUUUAUAUAGUUAUCAACUGUUUUAUUGUAAGAUGUUAUGGUUUUUAAAAUCGGCUCCAUUUUUUCUUUAUUUUUAAUACUGCUGACAAUUUUACAAUUCAUCAAAACAUUUUGUUAUAAAAAUCAAUAUUUAUUUACAAAAAGUUGUUUACAGUUGAUAUUAUAGUCGUAUAAGCUAUCUAAUAGACGCAUUAAUACUCUGCUCAGAGGGGUGCUAUUCUUCGACCUGUAAAAUUUCAUAAACAAGGGAUCAUUUCAUAAUACAAGGAGAUACCUUGUUUAUGGAAUUCCACACCUCGAACAGUAGCACCCUGAGCUUAAUAUUAAUGAGUCCCUUAGAUAGCUCGUACCACCAUAACAAA